AUGGCCACCGAGGAAAGCAAGCCACUCGCCUUCUCCGUGUACAAGAAUGCCCCCAAGGAGUUCAAGCCCAAGCUCCUGGCCGAGCCCAACGUCUACCUGCAGGAUAUCUUCAGCUCGGAGAAGGUGAACCCGGAGAAGCCGAUGUCAUCGGGUAUCUUCCGCCUUGAAAAGGGCAAGGAGCUUGAGUACCUGUACAUGUAUGAUGAGAUGAAGAUCAUCCUCGAGGGCGAGUUCACCAUCAGUGACGAGACGGGCCAGAAGACCAAGGCCGUGCCGGGCGACCACUUCUUCUUCCCCAGCGGGAGCAAGAUCACCUUCACCACCGAGGACUAUGGACUGGCCCUGUAUGUUGGGCAGCGGAACAAGGACCAGGCUUGA